UGCUAAUUCACUAAAAUUUAUGAAUUCACUUUUCAUUUACUCAGAUUAACUUAGGUUUUGAGAGUUAGUUUAAAAUGGAGAAACGUAUGCUUAUGAAAAGUUUAUUUUUUAUUGUGCUAAUAGUUUUAUUUUUAUUUACUAUUUGCAUAAUGCGAACAGUAUUUUUAUUUCAAAAUACAAAAAUUGAACAAUGCCAGUCAAGCGACGAUGAUUAUAUUUCUGAUUCUAGAGGUCUAUCAAAGAGAUUAUCUGAAGCAAUAAAAUUUAAAACUAUAAACGUUGGUUUUCAUGAUUAUGAUAGAGAAGCGAUAUUCAGUUUCAUUAAGUUUAUUAAUCAGAGUUUUCCUGUUAUCCACUCAUCUCCUAUUGUUUCCAGUGAAGUUGUGAACAAUUUGAGUCUUCUUUAUUACAUUCAAGGCAGAAAUAAAAAUCUGAAACCUUACUUGUUGGCUGGACAUUUAGAUGUUGUUCCAGUAGAAGAAGUGUACUGGGAGGAAUCUCCAUUCAGUGGAUUGAUAAAAGAUGGCUACAUAUGGGGAAGAGGAACAAUUGAUUGUAAACAUGUUGUCAUGGGAAUUCUUGAAGCUUUGGAGUUUUUACUUUUACAUGGCUAUCAACCUCAGAGGUCAUUUUAUGUUGCAUUUGGUCAUGAUGAAGAGAGCAAUGGACUGGACGGGGCUCAGCAAAUCAGCAACCUUCUUAGAUCAAGAAAUGUUCAGUUAGAAUAUGUACUGGAUGAAGGCUCACUGGUCCUUGAUAAUCUUAUACCUGGAAUGAGCUCACCCAUAGCAUUAAUUGGAGUAACUGAAAAGGGAAGUUUGAAUUUGGAGCUUAAAGUGGACGUCACACCUGGACAUUCAUCAAUGCCUCACAAAGAAACAGCUAUUGUUAUUUUAUCAAAAGCUCUAUCAAAACUAGAAGGAGAUGUGUUUCCUAGUCUGUUUGGGAAAGGUCCAGAGAAAGAAAUGUUUGAAGAAAUGGGAUAUUGUGCCAACUUUCCACUGAAGAUGAUCUUUACCAACCUUUGGCUCUUCAAACCUCUUUUAAUUUGGAACAUGAAAAGUCCAGUUAUGAGUGCUACACAUCGGACAACUACUGCAGUUACAGUCGUUAAAGGUGGAACUAAAUUGAAUGUUUUGCCAAGUUUUGCCAUUGCUCAAGUGAAUCUUAGAGUUCACCCUGCUCAAACAAUCAAUGAGGCUGCAGAUUAUGUAAAAAAUAUUAUUAGUGAUGAGAGAGUAAAUUUGACUAUUAUAUCAGCACAUCCUCCUCAUCCAGUGUCUCCAACGAACACUUUUGGAUUCAAAAUGAUUAAAAAAAGCAUACGACAGAUAUAUAAUGAUAGUUGUGUAGUUCCAAAUACUUUGAUAGCAAAUACAGAUACCAGGUGGUAUCUUGGUCUGACAAAAGCCAUCUAUCGUUUUAGCCUUGUAAGAAUCACCCCAAAAGAAACAAGUAGAUUUCAUGGACACAAUGAAAGAAUAUCACAGAAAAAUUACAUUGAAGUUGUUAAUUUUUUCCUCCAUUUGAUUAAAAACUCUGAUGCUUCACCUGAACCAGUACAUCAUCAUGAAGAAUUGUAAUGCAAUCCUCAUUUUGCUUGAUAGAUUAUUUUCUCAUCUACCUCAUGUUAUAUAACUACUUAAUUCCAGUACUUAAUCUUACGACUUGUUGAAAUUCCUUGUAUACUCACAAUUAUAUUUUGUAUGUACUUUGAUGUAUAAUGUUUUGAGGAUUAUUUUCUCAUUUACUUACCGAUAUGACUUGUAAAAAUUUGAUGUGAACCUGAAAAAUAUGGAUACAUAUAUUUUUUAUAUAAGUAUCUUAAAUCUUGAUUAACUUGUUGAAUUUUGUAAGAAAAUCUACAAUUUUGCCAUGUAAAAUUUAUAAAGGUACUCUUAUUCCACUAUCACAUUGAUAUGUAGAAAUGAAAGACAAAUCACAGAAAUAAAUCCAAGUUU